AUGAACCCUAACUUCGAACAACGUACCGAUGCUGCUGGAAUUAUGGGUCACUCACCACACAUGAAAAUGAUUGUCGUCAUGAAGUGCUUGUGCAAGGCAGUUCCUCCGGAUAGGAUUGAAGAUUAUACUGCAAUGGAUGCGCCUACCAUCUACAGGUAUCUGAAGAGGUUUCUUGAUGCAUUGAUGUAUGGUUCUAACGAUAAAUAUAUACGUAGGCCCUCAAAGGAUGAUACAAAAAGGUUGUUGAUAGAGAAUGUUGGGCGAGGUUUUCCUGGGAUGCUAGGAAGUAUUGAUUGUCUCCACUGGCAAUUGGGGGCCUUCCCAACGUACAGGUCAGGUCAACUUUAUUCGGGCCAAAAGAGAGCACCCACGGUCAUCUUAGAGGAUGUUGCUUCUUUCGAUAGAUGGUUUUGGCAUGGAUAUUUUGGAAAGCUUGGGUGGAACAAUGAUAUCAAUGUUUUGAAUCAUUCUGAUGCGUUUGACGACGUCAAUAAUGGUAUAUCCCCUCGGUGCGUAUAUGUCAUAAAUGGUCACAGAUACACUGAAGGUUAA